AUGUCCGUACAAGAUGCCUAUAACAAAGUUUUUUCCAACUUUCAGAAAUUCAGAGACUAUCUUGCUCCUGUGUUGAAGAACUCAAAGUUCAAGGAAACAGGUUGUCUAACACCCGAAGAAUUUGUCGCUGCUGGAGAGUUCUUGGUUUACAAGUGUCCGACAUGGCAAUGGGAGUCAGGAUUAGAGGAUAAGAAGAGAGACUAUUUACCCAGCGAUAAGCAAUUUCUCGUUACUCGCAAUGUUCCAUGUAUAAGGCGAGCUCGUCAAAUGGAGUAUGUCGAAGAUGAUUCAGAGACUCAAGUCAAGGAUGAAUUUGAUAAUGAUGGCGAUGAUUGGAUGUUCACGCAUAGCACAAGAGUAACAAAGACUAUGGAUGAGAUUGCUCAAACUAUCAUGACCGAGGAGGAGGAAGAAGCAGAGAUUAAAAAGGGCUUGGAGAAACUGAACGUUGAGGAUAUCCCUGAUCUUGAUGAUAUACCAGACAUGGAUGAUAUUCCAGAUAUGGAUGAUCAAGUGGAAGAAGAGGAUGAUCCUUCUGUCGCACAACCCAAUAUCAAGGAUAGCAACGACAAGGUACUGCAAGUGAGAACUUAUGAUGUCUUCAUCACCUACGAUAAAUACUAUCGAACUCCACGUAUUUGGCUAUUUGGAUAUGAUGAGGAGCGCCGUCCCUUAACAUCCAAUCAGGUGUUUGAGGAUGUCUCUCCUGACUAUGUCAAGAAGACGGUAACCAUUGAAACACACCCUCACUUGGCUCUUAGUUUGGCAUCAAUUCAUCCUUGCAAACAUGCUGAAGUCAUGAAGAAGAUUAUUGAGAGAAUGGGCGAUGGUAAAUCUGCUGGCCUAGGAGGUAACGAGGGCGCCAACGAGGGGGAGUCUGGCAUCCGUGUGGAUCAAUAUUUAAUUAUUUUCUUGAAAUUCAUGAGUUCUGUUAUUCCUACAAUCGACUACGAUCAUACCAUCAGUACAUGA